AAAGGUUAUGAUAUCUAAACUAUUUAGCAAUUUGAUGGAAAAAUAAACAUAAAAAAUAAAACGAGAGAUCAGGGCGGAGCAGUCGAUACUCGAUAUUCCUUCAGUACAAGCCAAAAGUAGCGCAGAUAUGCCAGAUACGGGUUAGAGUCAAACACAUCGCCACCGUCGCUUUGCAUUACCCAUCAAUGGCAGACGCAAACUUCGCCUACCUCUCUCUCCUCCUCCUCCCUCUAGCUCUCCUCCUCGUUCUAUACCUCAUAGUCCGGCCUCGCCCGGUCAGGAUUCAAAUCAAGGACCGCCACGUGUUCAUCACCGGCGGAUCGAGCGGGAUCGGGCUCGCCCUGGCUCACCGGGCGGCGUCGGAGGGGGCGCGCGUGUCGAUCCUCGCGCGGUCCAUCGACAAGCUGGAGGCGGCGAAGGAGGAGAUCCUGCUCGCCACGGGGAUCGACGUGGCGGUGUUCGUGGCAGACGUGCGGGACUACGACGCCGUAUCGAGGGCCGUGGAGGAGGCGGGGCCCAUCGAUGUGCUGGUGGUGAAUCAGGGGGUGUUCGUGCCGCAGGAACUGGAGAGGCAGGGGUUGGAUGAGGUGAGGUUCAUGUUGGACGUGAAUCUGAUGGGGGCUUUUAACAUGAUCAAAGCUGCUUUGCCUGCCAUCAAACUUCAGCGGAGGGACCGUGGCCCCGCUUCCAUCGCUCUCAUGUCUUCCCAGGCCGGUCAGGUGGGUAUCUACGGCUACACAGCGUAUUCCGCCAGCAAGUUUGGGCUCCGGGGUUUGGCAGAGGCUUUGCAGCAGGAGGUCAUUGCGGAUGACAUCCAUGUCUCUCUUAUAUUCCCUCCGGACACCGACACUCCCGGUCUAGUCAAAGAAACCGAGAUAAGGCCACAGCUCACCAGUAUCAUUGCAGCCUCCUCUGGUGCAAUGAAAGCUGAUGAAGUUGCCAAGAAAGCUUUAAAUGGCAUCAAAUCCGGUAGCUUUAUUAUCCCCUGCAACUUUGAGGGCCUGUUGCUGUCUAUAACAACUGCUGGUUUAUGCCCUCAGAGAUCAUUCCUGAUGGCAUUUGUCGAGAUUGUUGCUGCUGGUAUCACCCGCUUUGCAGCUCUAUGCUUCCAGUGGAACUGGUAUGGAAGCAUAGAAAAUUGGCAUGCAAAACAAAAUUGAACCUAGGAAUUCUUGAUUCUUGCUGUCAAGUAUGGAUGCCUGUGGAUGGCGGUUGUCAUUGUGUUGGUCACUAUGAGUUUCAAGUUUCCCUGGAGUUGCUGGAAGUUGGUGUUUUCAACCUUUACCACUGUUUCAGAAACUGGAGUUUGGAUUUUGUUACUGUCAAUCAUGUUGCUUCAGGAACCGAACUUCUCUCUCAAGUUUAUGGGCAUUGCAGCUAUGCCCAGAAAUGAUGUUGCCUUAACAGAUUGGGCAACCAUCUUCCUUUCGUUCCCCAUUCAUAUUGCUACGUCAAGAUGGAAAUGAUAGGGGAACUUAAGUCACUUUGUAGCAGCAGUUUAGGACUUUUUGCAAUCGCAGUUUUGUUUGAUUGAACUUACUUCCCUCUGUUCAGUGCUCAUUGAGAACGAAUAUACUGUGCUUUUUUCCCUUUUCUUGUAGAAUUGUGUAAUCAGAUGUUUUGAAUAUGCUUCUUAGGUUGACUUUUCAACAAGUUUUUAACUCC